UCAAAAUUGAGCCUGAGACUUUUCAACGCCUCACCCACCCGCAGUGGCUCUCCUUCUCACCGAUAGCGCUCUUUCGCUACCGUUGCUCCGCCCUCUCCCUCUCCCUCUCCCUCUCCCCUGGUACUCAGUCGGUUGCUGUUGCUGUCAGUGGACAAUCCGGUGCCCAAAACCCUACUUCAUUAUUUCAAUUGCAACCCUAGGUUACUAGCCCUUGUUAUAUUGAAGUUUUAUAUGUGAAAAGUGGAAUAGAGUGGAAAUGGCAUUACUGAAAAUGCCUGACCUUCCAUUUCAAGUUGGGGAUUUGGCUGAGUCAAGAAGCUUUCGAGUUGGUUAUCGUGGUGCAUGGUUUCGUUGCAAGAUUGGAGGGAUUCGUACGAAAAAUGCCGUGAUGUCCUAUCUAUUGGAGUAUUAUGACUACCAAGAUGAAAAGCCAAGUUGGAUCAGGUUGUAUCAGAACCCCCUAACUAAGAUUGACAAGCAAAAGGGAUUCAGCAAGGAAUUGAUGCUGCGACCUUCAUUUCCUACUAUCGUUCGUGAAAGUGAUAAGCAUGAUAUCAAUUCAGAAGUGAUAGUUAUUGUUGAUGAUGCAUGGAAGGUUGGGGAUUUGGUAGAUUGGUUCACUGAUGGUUGUUUUUGGUCUGGAGAAGUUACUAAAAUAUUAGGAAAAGAUAAAGUUCAGGUUGAUUUGGUACCUCCUCCACUGGGUGAAGGGUCAUCCUACGAAGCUUUAAGCAAGGACCUUCGCCCAUCCUUGGACUGGUGCCCAGAGAAAGGUUGGACCGUUCCUAUGCCUAUGGAGGAUGGAUGUAGGAGGCCUUGUGCUCGUAUAAUAAAUACAGCAAAUUCCGGGGGUGUAGUGAAAAUCCAUGCUACAGAUGGAGCAGUGGAGGUUGGUCAGCCUACAGUGAGGUCAUAUUCGUCUAAAAAAAAUGAGGGCAUCUUGGAAUGUACAGAUGGAUCUGUGGCAAGAAAAGAGCAAUGCGACACUAGCAGAAAUGGUAUGGAGAUUGAAGAGUCUGGCAACAAAUUUGGAGGAACUUGUUUUUCAGAUAGUGUUUUGAAAUCACAUAUUAUGGAUGCACCAAUGGAGAAUUCGGAAAGGGUUGCCAUGAAUAGUGGAUAUAAUGAUGAAUAUCCAGCAAAGAGGAUGAGAAAUAUCAGAAGCAUUUGUCUGAAUUCCAUGUCUUCCAAUACGAUAGAAGCUGCAAUUUUGGACUUGGAGGAACUUGUAAAUAGGAUUAGAUGGUUAAGGAAUAUGUUGAAUUUAGGGGUGCCUUUAUCGGGUACUAAACGAUCAUCAUGGGAAAUUUUGCAUCAUGCGCCCCGCUGAUGAUUUUCGAAAAAUGCAAGACCUCAGCGUAUAUCGCCUAUGUUUUCAAACAUUCUCGUGUUGUAAAUCGUGCUUAGACUCUGAAUCACUCUACAAUGGGGAGUGGGACCAUGCCUCUUUAACUAAGACAACCUAUUAUUAUUCUGUAUUUCAAAAACUUUAAAGGGAUAAUUAUAUGACGUCAUCA